CCCCUCUCCCUAACUCAGCCGCUCUUUUAUUCCCUCCAUCCAGGACCCAUGGGCUCUUUGCCAACUUGGAAUCUUAAGAACCCAUUCAAAGGAAAACCAAAGAAAGAAGCGUCUUGUUUAAAACCAGAACCCAUUUUUUUCUUCACAGUCUGUUGUUUUCCCUCACAUUUCCCACGUGAGGAUGGAUUUUCUGGCUGCCGUUCUCUCUGACCCUACCUCUGAGAGAGAGGAGGGGAGAGCAGAAUUGCAAUUCAUGUAACGUUCAGUCAGAUGUGCAUUUUGAAGAAUCAGGCUGAUGGGAUUCAACCGUCGGUCCAGAGACCAGAGGGAAAAGAGGAGUGAAAUAAAGGACCCAGCUCACGCUGUCCAUGUAAUCAGGACAGAGAUACAGCUUCGGUAAAAAUGGAUCAGCACAUAUCAGAAAUAAAUGCGAUUGAAAGAAUAAGGAAGGCCUUGGUCCAACCCCGAAGCUCAAGUCUGCUUGCUGUCAAUCAAGCCCCAAGCCGCAGCUGUUCCCGAUCCGUGAAUCAGGCUCUCAGACCGGGCAGCCUGUGCACCUACAGCUUCAAAGAUUAAACUAAGACAAACAAAACGUUUAGUUGUUUAUUCCUCUCGUUGCUCCUGUGAAAUGUCGCGUGUAGAGGACCCUGCUCAUCUGUCCAAGUCUCGUCUGAGGUCAGAUUUAGUCAGCCACAAUGUGGAGCUGCCGCCUGCAGGGAGCAAGAAAGAGGUUUACCUGAAGCUGCACCUGGAACACGUGGAUCAGGGAAACGCUGCGGGCUUCUCCAGCGACGAAGAUGAUCAAGUGCUUUAUGCGCCAGGUGGGGAUCGAGUUGAUACAAAGAUUCCUGACCCAACAGCAUUAUCAGAUAAGGAUCUCAAGGACUUGCUACUUAAAUAUGGAGUUAAAGCAGGGCCUAUUGUAGCCUCGACAAGGGCCGUAUAUGAAAAGAAGCUAAGGAAACUACUGCAAUCUGAUGGGAACGAGGGAUUAAAUGAAGCAGAGACUGCGGUGCUGUACUCAGACAGUGAUGAGGAAGGUGAAGAAAAUGGGGACUUGGAAGACGAGAAGGAAUCAGAGGAAGAGAAAGAAAGAAUUAAUGAAGCACUGGAGCUGAACCAAAAACAGUGCAAUGAGAAAAAUGUGCAGAGGCGUGACUAUCCUUAUUCACAGUGCUUUUUCUUAUCAUCAAAGCUGCGGCCUUGUCCUCAGGAAAACACUGCCUAUCAUUCCAAGAGGAAUUUAGGGAGUGCAUUAAAAUCAUCAGAGUGGACUCAAGCUCAUCGCUCACAGAUUCCAGCAGGAAUUAACAAAGUAUCCUUAAAAACCAACCAUGCAGGAUUAAGAUCAGGGCAUCUUCAGGAACCAGUAAAAAAUAUUUUAAAGGACCUCAUCCCAGAAGCAAAGACCACACCCACUGGGAUCUAUGUCACUCCACGAAGACCCAUCAAGGGUGCGGCACAGCGGCCCAUCCUGUAUGGAUACCCCGACACGCCGGUCAGUCCUACAACCUUGGAAAGACGAGACGUGGAGAGACGUCUUGUACCCAUCUAUGUCCAGAUUUUGGUCUUCUUUAUUGUUUUGUAUAUCCUCUACUUCAUUUCUAUUAAUGUUUAGGACAGCAUGGCUUUUUUUUGGCCUUGCUGGAGUGUUUAAACCAGUCUUCUGGUAGAAAAGAGGAAUUUCACCUUCUGGUUGAGACAUGGAGCAAACGGUUUGUCUCUCUAAAUCUUUAACUGUUUCAUUCACCAAUGUUUGUUGACAUAUGUGAGCAGGCCAAGACAUGUCUGUUGGUAUUAAGAAUCUGCCAGUCCACUGUAACUCUUUUUGUAUUUUAUCUUGUUUGACCCUAAUAUUGACCAUUUAGCUAAUUGGCAACACUGUUUGAAAAAAGGUACGUUUAGUCCUAUUUGAAAAAUGUUAUUUAAAUUGCAAACUUUGAUGUAAUUCUUUAUGCCUUGAAUUUGUAUUGUAAUACUUGUAUGUUUUUAUAUUUGAUGUUUAAAUAAAGACUGUUCUGCUUAAUGUUUUUAUCUGAUUUUAAGAAAUUAAAAUGAAGAGAAAUAUUUUUAAUCAUAAAAUCAACAAAUAUUUUGGAACUUCACUCUUAAGUAGUA